UUUGAGGUUGAAGGUUAUGGGGCGUGGUCUUCAUUCUAAAACUAAAAUCAUGGCGUCUUCUACAUUGGAACAAAAAAGAAAAUUAGAGGUACUGGAUGAAAAUGGGGGAGAAGCAGCGGAAGACGAAUUGGUUGGACCGUUGCCUGCCGAGGCUACGCAGUCAAAGAAAAGAAAAGUGCUUGAAUUUGAGCGUGUGUACCUGGACAACCUCCCCAGUGCUGCAAUGUACGAACGGAGUUACAUGCAUAGAGAUGUCAUCACACACAUAGCAUGCACAAAGACAGAUUUUAUUAUAACUGCAAGCCAUGAUGGACACGUCAAGUUCUGGAAGAAGAAAGAAGAUGCAGGAAUAGAGUUUGUUAAACAUUUUCGAAGCCAUUUAGGGGUGAUUGAGUGCAUUGGCGUAAGUGCAGAGGGGGCAUUGUUCUGUUCAGUUGGAGAUGACCAGGCAAUGAAAGUUUUUGAUGUUGUGAACUUUGACAUGAUCAACAUGCUUAAGCUUGGAUUUCAUCCUGGCCAGUGUGAAUGGAUCUACAAUCCUGGCGAUGCUAUAUCUACUGUAGCCUGUUCGGAGAAAAGCACAGGAAAGAUAUUUGUCUACGAUGGAAGAGGAGACAACCAGAUAAUUCACGUCUUUGAAAAAAUGCACUCUUCCCCUCUGUCUCAGAUACGCCUGAAUCCAGCCUAUAGAGUCAUAGUAUCUGCUGACAAGGCUGGCAUGUUAGAGUACUGGACUGGCCUACCAAACGAGUUUAAAUUUCCGAGGAACGUGGACUGGGAGUACAAGACUGACACAGAUUUGUAUGAAUUUAACAAAUGUAAAACCUAUCCAACCAGCCUGGCCUUCUCUUACGACGGGAAGAAAAUGGCUACAAUCGCAACAGACCGAAAAGUUCGAAUUUUCCGCUUCUUGUCUGGGAAGCUCAUGAGAGUGUUUGAUGAGUGCCUGACGAUGUUCACAGAGCUGCAGCAGAUGAGGCAGCAGCUGCCUGACAUGGAGUUUGGUCGCCGCAUGGCAGUGGAACGGGAAUUGGAGAAGGUGGACGGCAUCAGACUGACCAACAUCAUCUUUGAUGAAACGGGACACUUUGUUCUUUACGGGACAAUGCUGGGCAUUAAAGUUAUCAAUGUGGAAACAAACAGGUGUGUGCGGAUCCUGGGCAAACAGGAGAACAUCCGAGUGGUCCAGCUGGGUUUGUUCCAGGGCAUUGCUAAAGUACAUCACGCUGCUCCCACCAUAGAGAUGAAGGCAUCGGACAAUCCUGCCCUGCAGAGAGCCGAGCCAGACCCAACCAUUUUCUGCACAGCGUUUAAAAAGAACAGGUUUUAUAUGUUCACCAAAAGGGAGCCAGAAGACACAAAGAGUGCAGAGUCUGACAGAGACAUCUUCAACGAGAAACCAUCCAAAGAGGAAGUCAUGGCAGCCACGCAAGCAGAGGGUCCUAAACGUGUUUCGGACAGUGCCAUUAUACACACCACUAUGGGAGAUGUUCACAUCAAGCUCUUCCCUGUAGAGUGUCCGAAGACAGUGGAGAACUUCUGUGUUCACAGCAGAAACGGGUACUACAAUGGACAUAUAUUCCAUCGAGUAAUAAAGGGCUUUAUGAUACAAACUGGAGAUCCCACGGGAACUGGAAUGGGUGGAGAAAGCAUCUGGGGAGGAGAGUUUGAAGAUGAAUUCCAUGCAACAUUAAGGCAUGACCGACCAUACACUCUGAGCAUGGCCAAUGGUGGACCUGGUACCAAUGGCUCACAGUUCUUUAUUACCGUUGUGCCGACGCCUUGGCUUGACAACAAACACACCGUUUUUGGAAGAAUUACCAAAGGAAUGGAAGUCGUUCAGAGAAUCUCAAACGUAAAAAUCAAUCCCAAGACGGACAAGCCCUAUGAAGACAUCAGCAUCAUAAACAUCACUGUCAAGUAAAAAGAAAUAGCCUGCAGAAAGAUCAAUGGCUCUUUGAUGCAUUCUGAUGAUUACAGAGAAAACUUUAAUAAAAUGUGUUUUUUUUAAUAAGUGUAUACAUAUUUUGUCUCAACAAUUACCGAGCCAGACUUGUGAAUUGAAUUAAAUAAUGGGGUGCACAGGUUCCAAACAUCUCUAUUCGAUAGAUCUAAAUGCACAAUGUAUACUUUGGUGUUGCAAAGCUUAGUAUUUAAACACACACACAGUUAAAUACUCUUAUUUAGGGAAAUAAAUAAGAAGAUCUUGUGUUAAACAUAUGCUAUUUAUUUUGGGUUGGGGGAGGGGGUCUGACUACAUCACAUUUUACAGUACAUUAAGUCUUUAGUUCAUAUUUAAUAGUUAGGAAACAUUAAUGGUUAAAAUGUGCAAAAGCUCUCCACAUACCUGCAAAAAAACAUUGUUUAUUGAAUAGCAUAAAAUCCUGAUUCACAUUACUUGUGUAUGCUGAUAGAAAAGCAGUUUAUUAACUUACAAAUACUGUAGGUCAAAUGUGUACUGUGCUCCUACACGGUUACAGAACAAUGCCAUGUAUUUUUAAAUGCAUUCCAUUACAUCCCAGCAAUAAAUGUUAGCAUCGAAGAUAAUGCAAACAUGCUUUUAAUGGCUACAAUUAAACCGUACUAAGCAAUGAGGCUGGGUGAGGACUGCAGUUUUAAUUCUUACAUUUAUAUAUAUUUUUGAGAUAAAUAAUGGUUGGUACUGUAAAUGCUGUUUGCAAGGUAAAACCAAUUAUUUCAGAAAUAAAUCCAAUACAUGACUAUCUUGUAAACCAUGUUGAGUACAAACAAUAGCUAUCAAACUACAAGUGCACUAUUCCCAUUCAAAGCAGGUGCCCAAACAUAGCAGUAUAUCCUAAAACAAAGCUGUAAAUACAGCCAUAAAGUCACACAGAUCUAUACACGUUAUUGACCAUCCGUCUGCAACUGAACUGUUCAGACUAUGAAUCUCAAGAUCCAUAGCAUCAUACUAUCCGUUUGUAUUUCUACAUUGUCUUACCCUCAAGACAAAAAUCAUU